AUGGGAAUGCAUGUGUUUCCAGGAGGACUCUUGGGGCUGCUGCUCUUGCUCUGUGCCCUGUCCUGGGCUCAGGGUGGGAAGGUUCUGGUGUUUCCCAUGGAGGGCAGUCACUGGCUGAGCAUGAGAACCAUUGUGAGGGAGCUCCACGCCCGAGGCCAUGAGACUGUGGUCCUGGCUCCAGAUGUGUCAGUGUACGUCAAAGAAGAGGACUUCUUCACUCUAAAAACCUAUGCUGUUCCGUACACCAAGGAAGAAUAUGCACAUCAGUUGCUGAACCUCUUUCAAAUAUUCUUUAAAACUGAAUAUUCUCUGACGAUGAUCUUAAGCAAUACGGAACUCAUGAAAAAUGUGUCAACAUUCUACGUGAGCUGUUGCAUCAGUCUCCUGUACAAUAAAAGCCUAAUCCAGCAUCUGAACUCCAGUUCCUUUGAUGUGCUGUUAACAGACCCUGCAUAUCCCUGUGGGGCACUGCUGGCCAAGUAUUUGCAUGUUCCUGCUGCGUUUUUUCUGCGCUUCAUUCCUUAUGAAACUGCCUUUGAAGCUGCUCAGUGUCCAAGCCCUUCCUCCUAUGUUCCUAGGUUACUUACAAGGAAUCCAGACCACAUGAACUUCCUGGAGAGGGUCAAGAACAUUCUCUAUCCUCUGCCAUUCAAGUUCAUUUUCCACUUCUCUUUCACUCCAUAUGAGAGCCUGGCCUCUGAGCUUUUCCAGAGAGAGGUGUCCUACCUGGAGAUCCUCAGCCACGCAUCCAUAUGGCUCUUCAGGUUUGACUUUGUGUUUGACUAUCCCAGGCCCAUCAUGCCUAAUAUGGUCUUCGUUGGGGGAAUUAACUGCGCCAAUGGGAAGCCACUCUCUCAGGUCUGUAUUGGGCUGUCAUCCAAAGAGUGGUCUACCAACAUUGGUUUCUAUGUCUCGUUAUGA